GACAUCGACCGGAACGCCGACCUGAUCUCGCAGGGGGUGGGAUGGCAUCGUAGCCUCGGCGACGCCCCCGCCCUGCUCGUCGGCGACCUGAAUUGCCGCCUUGCUGACAUAGGGCUGGACGGGCUGCUGGCCAUGGCGGGCUGGCGCGAUCUGCUCGGAGCCGCCGGGCCCACCUGCAUCCCCUCGCAGGGCGAGCCGUCGCGCAUCGACUACGCACUCGCCAACGAGUCCGCCGCGGGGAUGGUCACCCAGGUCGGCCUCCGUUGGGGCCUCGGCCUGGCGAUGCACGCUGCGCUGCUGGUGACUAUCCAGGUUGGGCGGCCAGAGCUGGCCCUCCUGCGUCAGCCGGUCGCCAAGCUGGACGGGCCGGCACGCGCCGCCUGGUCGGCAGCCACGGCGGCUGACGCUGCUGCGGACGCAGCCCUGCUGAGGCUCCGCCCGCUGCGGUCGCUCCAGCAUGCGCUCCGGCGCUCAUCGGCAGCAGCUGGUCGAGCUGCAGCGGGUACACUCCGGGCUUUGCGAACCUCCGCCGCUGGCGACGCGGGCUGGGAGGCCGCUGUGGCGCCCUUGCCGCUGUCGAGGCCGCUCGCAGACGCGCUGAUUGAACGAGCGAAGGUGGAGUGGCGGCAGGCGCAAGCAGCCGCGCGUGCCCGGCGGCAGGCAGAGUGGCGCUGGUGGGUCGACGACUCGCUGAGGAACGGCCAGGGUCGCUUGUACCGCUGGAUCCGCGGCUGCGGCAGCGUGGAGGCCGAGCUGGUGCCUGCUGGCCGGAGCGCGGCGGCCGCCCCUGCUGGCGCGGCCGUCGGCCCCCCUGGUAGCCGGCCAUGGUUGUUGUCGCUGCAGGGCGGGCCCGCGGCGCGCCUGCGCUAUUUCGAGGGUCCGUGGCGGGCCUUGUGGCAGCGGCCGCCGGCGCCAGUGGUGGACGAAGAGUGGCAGCAGGCGCUCGACGGGUUGCCGCCCUUCCCAAAUCGCACGCCUUGGACUGCCGACCUCAUCGCGGGGCUGCUCCGGCACAUGCCGAAGCGCAAGAAGCCGGGCUUCGAUGCAUGGACGAUUGGCGAGCUCCGGCUGCUGCCCACA